UGCGUGGAGGCGGAUUCUUCGUAAGGCUGGAGUUCCUUCAGCCCUGAGUCUGAGGAUUAAUGGGGGGGCUGCUGAUUUGGGCAAUUUGUAAUCGGUACUGGAUUCAGACAGGGCAUCGGAACCGGGGUUGGGACAGGAAGGGGGUGUGACCAGUUUGGAGCAGCGGUCACAAGAAGCAGCCCGAACAGGGUUCUAGUUCUCGAAAAAAGCGGAGAGCCGAGGGGGCCUCGGCGGGGGCUGCGAGGAGGGACAGGCUAGGAUAGGAGAUCCGGACCGGGUUCAGCGCACUGGACUCGUCCCGGAAAGCAGGAUAGCCGCAGAGAGGUAGCGGGAGAAAGCAAGCUAGCUAGCGAGCUCGCUAGCUGGCUAACACCCGAAGUAUUGGCCUGUUUUUUUCCAUAACAAUUUAGGAAAAACUAACUAACAUUAGCGAGUGGGAAAUAAAACUAAACGAAUUUAAGUUAGCAGCAACGAUUAGUUUCAAGAUCACCCCCAGAAACCUCGGACCAGAAAGACCCCCGAAGAGGACGACAGGGUGAUCCGAGUUCAAGGGAUCCCCUUCCCGGCCUGCAAUCAUGGGCAACGCGCCCACCGCUAAGAAAGGCAGCGAGAUGGAGAGUGUGAAGGAGUUCCUCGCAAAAGCCAAAGAGGACUUCCUGAAGAAGUGGGAGAACCCAGCACAGAACACAGCGUCUCUGGACCAGUUUGAGCGGCUAAAGACCCUGGGAACCGGCUCUUUCGGUCGCGUCAUGCUGGUCAAGCACAAAGAGAGCGGUCAGCACUACGCCAUGAAAAUCCUCGACAAACAGAAGGUAGUGAAGCUGAAACAGAUCGAGCACACGCUGAACGAGAAGCGCAUCCUGCAGGCGGUCAGCUUCCCUUUCCUGGUCCGGGUGGAGCACUCCUUCAAGGACAACACUAACCUGUAUAUGGUGAUGGAGUAUGUCCCCGGAGGCGAGAUGUUCUCACAUCUACGGAGAAUCGGCAGGUUCAGUGAGCCCCACGCCCGUUUCUACGCUGCUCAGAUUGUGUUGACCUUUGAGUACCUGCACUCUCUGGACCUCAUCUAUCGAGACCUGAAGCCUGAGAACCUGCUCAUCGACCAGCAGGGCUACAUACAGGUAACAGAUUUUGGGUUUGCCAAGCGAGUGAAGGGUAGGACCUGGACGCUGUGUGGCACUCCGGAAUACCUAGCCCCCGAAAUCAUCCUGAGCAAGGGUUACAACAAAGCGGUGGAUUGGUGGGCCUUGGGCGUGCUCAUAUACGAGAUGGCGGCGGGGUACCCCCCCUUCUUCGCCGACCAGCCUAUUCAGAUCUACGAGAAGAUCGUCUCUGGGAAGGUACGGUUCCCCUCCCACUUCAGCUCGGACCUGAAGGACCUCCUGAGGAACCUGCUGCAGGUGGACCUGACCAAGCGCUUCGGGAACCUGAAGAACGGGGUCAACGACAUCAAGGGCCACAAGUGGUUCUCCACCACGGACUGGAUCGCCAUCUACCAGAGGAAGGUGGAGGCUCCCUUCAUCCCUAAGUGCAAAGGUCCCGGUGACACCAGCAACUUUGACGACUACGAGGAAGAGGAAAUCCGGGUCUCCUUCACCGAGAAGUGUGCCAAGGAGUUCGCCGAAUUCUGAACCCAGCAGGAGAGAGAGAGAGAGUGAGAGAGAGAGAGGGAAGGAAGGAAGGAAGGAAGGAGAGUGAGAGAGAGAGAGAGAGAUAAGAGAGGGUGUGAUGAGCUCGGUCUGCCAAUCCCAUCCGGCAGCAAUGCAGAUCAACCAUUAAGGGAGGAGGAGGACCUGAAGGAGAGGGGGGGAGACUUCCGAGUGAAGAUGGCACUGUUGCUUUUUCUGUCUCUCGCACGUUUCUUAUUUAUUUUACCACCCCCCCCCCCCCCCCUUCCCCGCCUCGUGUUUAUAGAGCGGUAUGGGGGAUUACUCUGACCUUUCACAUCCUUUUUUAUGGUGGGCAUGGGUAGGGGUGGGGUGGUGGGG